AUGCGCCUGUAUCAGUUCACUGUUGGUGCAUUCACACCUUUCAGUACAAUCGCAGUAACGAUGCGCCGGUGUCAGUUCACUGUUGGUGCAUUCACACCUUUCAGUACAAUCGCAGUAACGAUGCGCCGGUGUCAGUUCACUGUCGGUGCAUUCACACCUUUCAGUACAAUCGCAGUAAAGAUGCGCCGGUGUCAGUUCACUGUUGGUGCAUUCACACCUUUCAGUACAAUCGCAGCAAAGAUGCGCCGUUGUCAGUUCAUUGUUGGUGCAUUCACACCUUUCAGUACAAUCACAGUAACGAUGCGCCGGUGUCAGUUCACUGUUGGUGCAUUCACACCUUUCAGUACAAUCGCAGUAACGAUGCGCCGGUGUCAGUUCACUGUUGGUGCAUUCACACCUUUCAGUACAAUCGCAGUAACGAUGCGCCGGUGUCAGUUCACUGUUGGUGCAUUCACACCUUUCAGUACAAUCGCAGUUAAGAUGCGCCGGUGUCAGUUCACUGUUGGUGCAUUCACACCUUACAGUACAAUCGCAGUAAAGAUGCGCCGGUAUCAGUUCACUGUUUGUGCAUUCACACCUUUCAGUACAAUCAAAGUAACGAUGCGUCGGUGUCAGUUCACUGUUGGUGCAUUCACAUCUUUCAGUACAAUCGCAGUAACGAUGCGCCGGUGUCAGUUCACUGUUGGUGCAUUCACACCUUUCAGUACAAUCGCAGUAACGAUGCGCCGGUGUCAGUUCACUGUUGGUGCAUUCACACCUUUCAGUACAAUCGCAGUAACGAUGCGCCGGUGUCAGUUCACUGUUGGUGAAUUCACAUCUUUAGUAUGUAAAUUAUAG